AUGAAUAACAAUAGCAAAGAAUCGAAAUUUCUUCAGAUCGAAUUGGCACUAUCAAAGUUACCGUGGGCAAAAAGUGAGCCCCGUGAUAUGUUAAAACAAAAAACAACAAUUACCGGUAAAGAGUUAUGCGCUCAGAUGCCGCCACCAUUUUUGCAAUGUUAUAAUUAUAUUAAAGGUUUAAAACCAACCGAAAUGCCAAGGCAUAAUUUUAUCAAUGAAUGCCUCAAACGAUGUAUUCCAUUGAAUGUUAAAUCAAAUGAUCCCUAUGAUUGGGAAAUUAUUGGUAAUUCAUAA